AUGCCGCAAUCAGCAUCUCCAAAUCUCUGCAAAAACAUCAAAAAGCAAGCCGAACAGUGCUCCCGCUGGCGCGCGCUGACAGCACCCGGUGAGAAAUACGACGGGCGCCGGGCCGACAUGUGGAGCUGCGGGGUCAUUCUCUUCGCCCUGCUGGUGGGGGCGCUGCCCUUCGACGACGACAACCUGCGACAGCUGCUGGAGAAGGUGAAGCGGGGGGUCUUCCACAUGCCCCACUUCAUCCCCCCCGACUGCCAGAGCCUCUUGCGCGGCAUGAUCGAGGUGGAGCCAGAGAAACGGCUCAGCCUGAGCAGAUCCAAGGCAAUCCCUGGUUCCUGGGGGGAAGGGAACAGCCGGAGCCGGAGCAGCCGGUGCCGCGGAAGGUCGAUCCGGCGCAUCCAGAUCGGUGAGCGAGCUGGACCCCGACGUGCUGGGACAGCAUGUACUCGCUGGGCUGCUUCCGCGACAAGGGGCGCCUCCAGCAGGAGCUGCAGGCCAGGGGGGAGAACCAGGAGAAGAUGAUCUAUUACCUGCUGCUGGAUCGCAAGGAGCGUACCCCCCAGCUGUGGGACGAGGACCUGCCGCCCGCAACGACGCCGACCCCCCCGAAGCGGGUCGACUCGCCCGAUGCUGAACCGCCACGGAAGGCCGGCCGAGCGAAAUCCACUGGAGGUCCUUGAGCGUCACCGACGGGGGCUCCCCAGUCCCGGCCCGACGGUCCAUCGAGAUGGCCCAGCACAGCC